CUCCCCCUCAUCAAUAUGAUAAGCCCCCUCCUUACCAGGAAGUCAGGGCAGGGUCAGUGACGUGCCCCACAGCCCCAAGUCCGAUUGGGUUUGAUGCAAGAUGGCGGCCGGCGUGGCAACAUGGCUGCCAUUCGCGCGGGCGGCGGCCGUGGGCUGGCUGCCGCUGGCCAAGAAGACCAUGCCCAAACCUCCUGUGGACAACUCAUCCAGAUCAGACGAAAUCCUCUAUGUCAAUGUCAGCGGGGUCCGCUUUCAGACAUGGAAGAAUACACUGGACCGCUAUCCCGAUACGCUGCUAGGCUCUUCGGAAAAAGAGUUCUUCUACAACGACGAUACUCAGGAGUACUUCUUCGACAGGGACCCCGAAAUGUUCCGCCACAUCCUCAAUUUCUACCGCACGGGGAAGCUACAUUACCCACGACACGAAUGCAUCCAAGCCUUCGACGAGGAGUUGGCCUUCUACGGAAUCGUGCCCGAAAUCAUCGGUGACUGUUGCAUGGAGGAAUAUCGUGACCGGAAAAAGGAGAACCAGGAGCGUCUGGCCGAGGACACGGAAGCCAACGAAGCGAUGGACGCGCCCCUGCCCCCGCACAGCACCCCCAGAGAGCGUCUGUGGCGAGCCUUCGAAAACCCGCACACGUCCACCAUGGCGCUGGUCUUCUACUACGUGACGGGCUUCUUCAUCGCCGUGUCGGUCAUCGCCAACGUGGUGGAGACGGUCCCCUGCCGGCCCCCUAAGGGCAGUGUCAAGGACCUCCCGUGCGGCGAGAAGUACCAGCUGGCCUUCUUCUGCAUGGAUACGGCGUGCGUGCUCAUCUUCACCUUUGAAUACCUGAUGCGUCUGUUCGCCGCUCCCAGUCGCUGCAAGUUCAUGCGCUCAGUCAUGUCGGUCAUUGACGUGGUGGCCAUCAUGCCCUACUACAUCGGCCUGGUCAUGCCCGAGAACGAGGACGUGAGCGGGGCCUUUGUCACGCUGAGGGUCUUCCGCGUCUUCCGGAUCUUCAAGUUCUCACGUCACUCCCAAGGUCUGAGGAUUCUGGGCUACACGCUCAAGAGCUGCGCCUCAGAGCUGGGCUUCCUGCUUUUUUCCCUCACCAUGGCCAUCAUCAUCUUCGCCACCGUCAUGUUCUACGCGGAGAAGGGGACCAAGGGCUCCACCUUCACCUCCAUCCCGGCCUCUUUCUGGUACACCAUCGUCACCAUGACGACACUGGGUUACGGCGACAUGGUUCCCAACACCAUCGCCGGGAAGAUUUUCGGCUCCAUCUGCUCACUGAGUGGCGUGCUGGUCAUCGCCCUCCCCGUGCCCGUCAUCGUGUCCAACUUCAGUCGGAUCUACCACCAGAACCAGCGCGCGGACAAGAUGCGAGCGCAGCAGAAAGUGCGUUUGGCUCGAAUCCGCAUGGCAAAGAAAGGAACCACGAAUGCCUUCCUGCAGUACAAAGAAGACCGAGCACUCGGGGACCGGGACAGUGACAGCGGCGCUUUGUGCGUAAGGAACAAGUCGGCAUUCGAACAUCAACAUCACCACCUUCUUCACUGUUUGGAGAAGACCACGAACCACGAGUUCACGGACGAGCUGAACUACAGGUAACUGUGCACCA